AUGCGAGCACUAGACGAGAUACCGUAUAUAUGGGACCUUGUGUUCCGAGUGUCCACUCGAAAGGAGCUCAAAACUCUAUGCGAGGUUUGCAAAUUAUUUAACGACCUCGCCACGCCAAUUUUGUACCGAUCGGUUGUACUUCGCAAGUCAAAGACUACUGGCGAGAACUGGCAUGUAUUGCCUAGCGAUGUUGACGAUCCAGCGAAAGCCAGAGAUCUGUCAUUUAGCCUCUUUUACCGACUCCUUCACGAUGAUAAGAUAAGAACUUGGACUCGUGAAUUGACGCUCGCAAAGAUAUACGAUAAAGCAGAUCUAGCCAUUGUCAACCAAAAACUCAAUCAUCCAGACGAGCCGUUGGCUGACUUGGUGAAGCAAAUGCCUAAUCUUGGCAAUAUCUAG